AUGGCGACCACUUUCAUUAAAGUGAUGAAGAAAGUGAUCCCACUAACAUACAGAACUCCUCAUAGAAACUGCACCUCUGCCAUUUUGAAUACCCCAAUGAAAACCAGUACCUGUACCACCAUCAGUACUAAUCUAUUCAGAGACGUAUUUCACAGGACUACAAUUCCAACUCAUCAUCACUUCUCUUCUCUGGCGAAAAAGAGAUCCAAUUCCGAUGACACUCUUCUCAGUGCUAUUGAGCCAGUAAUCGAUUCUUUUCGUGAGGUUGAGGCACCAAGAGAUUUUCCUUCCAUGAUUGAGGAUAAUCCAAGGAAUGACCGAACUAUAACAUUAACUAGAGAGUAUCAGGGUGAUGAAACUAAAGUCAUAGUUCAUUGGCCUUCUUAUAAAGAUUCUGGUAAUUAUAUUGAGCUGGAUGUAAGUGUUUCAAAUAAAAGUGGAUUCACUUUGAAAUGCAGCGUUGAGGAUGAUUAUAGUACAGAAGGAUAUACAAUUAGGUAUUUGGCUGUCGAGAAUCCAAAUGCUUCUGAUGAUUAUAUUGCGUGCGGAAAUGAUGAUUUCUCGCAUUUAGAUGAGAACCUGCAAAAAGCUUUACGGACAUACUUAGAAGUCAGAGGGAUUGAAUUUGGCAUUCACAACUUCCUAUAUGAGUACAUGAUUAACAGAAAGUACAAGAAAUACACUGCGUGGUUGAAGAAAUUGAAAAUUUUCAUUGCCAGCUAA